AUGAACGAUGUUAUAUACAAUCCAUACAAUUUGUUAUCAGAUGUUUACUUUUCUGUGAUAGACAAAUGUCCUCCAAACACGCCUCCGAAAAUUAGAAAUCUUUGUGAAAAGGAAACUGAUCUUAUUCAAAAUCUUACACUAGUACCCGUGACAAGUCAGAACAGGACAACGUAUAGGAAUGUUUAUUGUGGUCAAUGUCAUGGUGAAACAGAUUUAGAGUCAUGGACUAUAGACAUAUAUUGUCAAAAAUUUGCAGACUUUAACUUCUUAUCCAGUUUCGCAGAAAUAGCUGAAACAAUAAAGGUUAAAAUGUGCACUGUACGAUAUGUUCAACAGAAUGCCAAUAACAAGGCCCUCCCGUGUAAUAGAAUAACUGAUAAUUUGAUAGAUAGAUGCAACAUGACUGGCACUUGGAGCUCAUAUGACUUGGAUAUCGAUUGGGCAUGCGAUCACUUUCAACUUCCAUUUGAUAAGUACAAAAGUAUAUUUUGUUUAAUGUGUAAUCCUCCGUUGCCAGAUUUGUACAUGGAUAUCAUCUCUACGUGUAAUGUAACUGAUGAUAGCCCAAAAGUGCUAGAAAAUGCAUGUGAAAUGUAUCAACAAAGCAGCGUAACGUUUCCGUUCAAAAACAUGUUUUGCUAUCUUUGCAAUAGACAUGACGAUAAAGAUAAGUACAAUGAUAUAAAUGGAGGAUUUCGAAACAAUAAAUGCAGAGAUGUAACGUGUUCUCCCGGAUAUAUACUGCUAAAUUCAACUUGCGAACCAAUACUACCCGUGACUAAAAAUCUCGGAUAUUUGCUACCUAUCCGUUUGGACUUUGUAUCUAAAAUAAAUCCAGUCUCAAUUGAUUCCUUUUUACAGAGAAUGGAAACAGCAAUAGCAAAUUAUUUGAAAAGAUACCUUAAACUAAACAGAGACCUACAUUUCAUAUCUGCUGACCUAAUCACAAAUUCUACUUGUAUCAUAAAUGAAACGGUAGGAAUGGAGAUAUUGGCAAGUAUUGAAGUGUUCAUUGACGAGAUUGUUUCAAGGAAAGACAUUGAAAGGAAGUUAGCCAAUAUCAGUGGUGAGUUGGUUAAUGUCACUGGAUACGAUAAUAUAAACCUGACAAUCUCAUUAGACUAUAAUGCAAUAAACACCAAAACAAAAAUAAAUGAUAUCGGACAGUUUACCGGACUGUGCUAUUUAUCCACAACAGAUUCUGAUUUCAAAAGGUCGCACAUGUACUAUCAGUUCAACCUCGUUUCUAAUCUACUCUUUUGUAAGCAGGUAGUCCUCGAUAAAAGUGAAGUUAUCGUCAUUUUCAAUCCAACUUCUUCUGUUACAUUCGUUUCAAGUAAAGUUAAAAUAGAUCAAGGACAUUUUAGAAUAGCCGGAAAUGGCACGGUAAGAAUAUGUGUCGAUACACUAUUGUCAUUGAAGGAACCUAACGUGCCGAUAGACAAGGUCAUGUCUGCAAUGAUGGUCACAGCAACAAUUAUUUCAAUGAUUUGUCUGUUCGCUACCUUUCUUACAUACUGUUUAUUUCCAAGCCUCCGAUCUGUUCCUGGUAAAAACAACAUGUCUCUUGUGUUUUCAUUAUUUUGUUUACAGGCUGUGUACACUAUAAGUACGCAUAAAAUCGAACAUCUUUUGUCUUGUCAAGUGAUAGGAAUCAUAGUCCACUUCUUUCUUUUGAGCUAUUUUGCUUGUUUAAGCGUUUGUACAUUCCACAUGUUAAAAGCAUUUAGCAGCAUUAGCGGACCGUAUAAUACAGGCCACGGUAAUCGAACUGUGUUAGUGUAUUGUUUGUUUUCUUACUGUACUCCAACAAUUAUAAUCAUUGUCAAUAUAGCUGUAACCUUUUUGUUAGCUGACAACAUCGGGUAUGGCGUCAGAGGAUAUAUCUGCUUUGUGAAAUACUCAUCCGCUGUUAUUGGAACGGUAAUCGUUCCUAUUUCGUUCAUUUGUGUGUGUAAUGUAGCUUUUUUCAUCAUGACAAUGCGCAAAAUUAGUUCUACACCGAAGAUUCAGCGGACGAGUUCACACAAAACUACCCAUGACAACAGCAUCGUCUACAUUAAACUUUUCAGCAUAACGGGUAUAACAUGGGUAUUCCCGAUGAUCGAUGCGUUUUUACCGAUGACCUCCUUAACUGUGAUGUUUUCGUUGCUAAAUGUGUUACAGGGUGUGUACAUCUUCCUGUCUUACAUAUGUAAUACACGUGUAAGAAGGAUGUUUAGGAAUUUGUGUGGUUGUUAUACAGGUGGCUUGGACUCAAACUUUACUGGGUUAACCAAUAGUUCACAAGUAUUGUCAGCGAGUAGUGUUAAAUAUCUAUCACAACAAAACACAAAGUGUAUCCGUGAAAGUAAAAUUUGAUCUGUAAGGCUUAAAGAUGUGACAUGGGCUUACGGGUUUAAUUCUGUAAGUGGAAACAAAUAUGCAAAAUGGUAAUCAUUUCGUCGUAAGAUGCAUUGUAUUUGAAAAUGAAUGACUUGUAAAUAAUUACUCAAUAAAAAUUUUCUUUGCUCA